UACAGCUACACUUUUCAUAGGUGGUACAAGAUUGAGUGAAAAUUUUCUCAACUAUCCAAUUUUUCCACACGCGCUCUCUACACACAAACGCAGAGGGCCAUCAAACAACCUUUGAUUUAGUUGUCACCGGAGUCGGUUCAUUUUCAAGGGCAUCGGCAACGGGAGAUGAGCGGCCCGAAUAACAAAAUGUCGGCCACAGAUCAGAUGCGCGCUAUGCUGGACCAGCUAAUGGGGACGACGAGGAACGGGGACGAGCGACAGUUGAAGUUCUCGGACUCGCGAGUUUGCAAAUCCUUUCUGCUAGACUGCUGCCCACACGACAUCCUGGCGUCCACACGCAUGGAUCUCGGUGAGUGUCCCAAAGUGCAUGACCUCGCUUUCCGAGCAGAUUACGAGAGCGCCGCCAAGACCCGAGACUACUACUACGACAUUGAGGCCAUGGAACACCUGCAGGCAUUUAUCGCGGACUGCGACCGACGCACCGAUUCGGCCAAGCAGCGUCUGAAGGAAACCCAGGAGGAGCUAACCGCAGAAGUGGCCGAAAAGGCCAACGCUGUCCACGCACUGGCCGAGGAAAUUGGCAAGAAACUGGCAAAGGCCGAGGCACUUGGUGAGGCUGGCGAAGUGGAGGACAGCAUGGAACUGAUGAAGGAGAUCGACGAGCUGAGGGCAAAGAAAAUCAAGGCGGAGCACGAGUAUCGCACCAGCAUGCCAGCGUCCACCUAUCAGCAGCAGAAGCUACGUGUCUGCGAGGUUUGCUCGGCGUAUCUGGGCAUCCACGACAACGACAUCCGACUGGCGGACCACUUUGGUGGUAAGUUGCAUCUUGGCUUCCUAACCAUUCGCGAAAAGCUGAUCGAGCUGGAGAAGACUGCAGCACCACGGAAGGCGGAGCUGAAACGAACGGGUAAGAUGCCAGAUCGUGACGAGGACAACCGCGGACGCAACCGAUACUUUGUAGGUGGACGAGAACUGGAUCGCCGGUCGCGAGUCCAUCGCUCCCGGUCCCGAGAGAGGCAGCGAAACCGCGAAGAUCGCCCCGAACGGGAGAGGGACCGAGAUGGAAGGCAAAACGGCGCGGAGAAACCCGUGGAGAAGCCAAAGGAAGGCCCCGUAGAAGGAGAACGCGGGCGUCGAGAUGAUCGUGAGAGGCGGGAUGACCGCGAACGGGAUCGCGAUGGCAGAAGAGACCGAGAUCGCCACGGGCGCAACGACAGAGGCCGCUUCGGAGGAGGAGGUGGUGGUGGUGAUCGGCGAGACGACCGACGCCGAUCACGCUCCAGAGAUCGAUCACCACGUGGAGACCGACGCUACAACUACAACCACUUUAGAGACGGAGGCGGUGGCGGUGGCGGCGGCGGUGGUGGUGGUGGAGGCGGUGGUCGAAGACGCUCCUACUCCCGCGAGCGUUACUCCCGUCGCUAGGACCGCACACCGUCCAAAUCCCGCCCAGCGCACGUACGUAACAUUAAUCACAACUACAACAACAAUGCCACCACAAUAUAAGUUACUGAACUUUUGAAAAAUACUUGAAACUACAACCGAAUAACCAUAGCUUACCUAAUAAAGCGACCCAACAUACAAUUUUUGACUUGCAGACAACCUCUUUGAAUUGUUAACAUUUCCGAUCUUAGCUCCCACCUUUUAAACUAAAAAAAAUCUUUAAAACAAGUCCCUAACACCUUAAAUCUAUACAGAUGUAACUUUAUUAAAUAUCUUAAUUUUUUGUUGAUUUUAAGAAAUAAUUAACUAUUUGGCAGAUCAUUAUGAGCCGCAGUGUUGCCAAUUGUAGUCCUUUAAGAUAGACAGCCAAUCCUUGAUAUUCUUUUGUGUUUUGUAUAGCUGUAUAGAUAGCUACAAGAUGGUAACACAUUAUAAUUAUCCCAAAAAAAAAAACAAAACUCUCGACUAAAUACAAUUCUCAGCUCUUGAUCGCGAUUCUCCCAAUCGAAACCAACUGAAGCGAAGUCGGCUCAUUUGGGGUAAGCCUCCUCCUCCACCACAUAUACCAUAAAUCUGACUCUCUAUCACAGCUCUGAUCUGAUUGAUUUGAUUUUGAUAUGAUUUGAUUUGUAACUUUAAAGCGUUUCUCUACUUUGAAGCUCGACACUUGCAGGCCAUAACAGCUUCGGUACGUAUUGAGUAUUGAAAGGUUAUCUAUAAACAAGAUUAGUUGUCUCGACAGACUUAGAUAAGAUCCGGUUAAUAUAGCUGCACUAUAGCGCUUGGGUACGUAUCCAUUCUGGUUGAAGUUUCCUUUUGGAAUUCCUAAUGUUUUGGUAUUAUAUAAUCGUUUCUGGGUACGUAUUAAUGUUAGAAGAUCACGACUGUGGUACGUAUAUGUCUAACAACAUUGAUAACUUCUCAAAAAAAAGCAGUAGGGGUUUCUCGGCGAUCCAGAUCCCAACGUACGUAUCCUUCUCUCUCUAUCUCUCUCUCUAAAUCACAAAAAAAAAAACAAAAAAUAAAAAAAAACAAAUUAAAUUAAAAGAUUUCAUCACCAAGCAAAUAUGAAAAUAUUAUUUUACAAUCCUCGUAGCUGCCAAGAGGCAUAAGAUCUGUUUUUAACCAUAUCUCCUCCUCUGUUAUCGGUUCGCUGCAUCGGGGUCACAGUUCAGGCUCAAGCUCAAGCUCAGCACAUUUCAGUACUGUAUUAUGUGAGUAUUCGGGUCACUAAUCUCUCUGAUUACAAUCCCAAUCUCAAGCUAAUUUUGAUCAUCAAGGACCAGAGAGACAGAGACUGUUUAUUAAAGGAUAGUGGGAGUUGUGAGAGCAGUGUAAAGAGUGGUUUAAGUUUGGCCCCCCAAUUUGACCUUCCGUGGGUAAGAAUUCGAUCGAAAAUGAUAAAUGAUAAUGCUAAUUGAAUUUUCUAACUACCUACUAUAUAAUAUCUAUUUCCAAAAUCUAUUGUUUUUAUAUAAUCGUAAGUCUCUACAACACACUUUUCACACUCUUUUUUUUAAUUUAUAAACUACACACAAGACACUCGGAAUUAUAAAGUAACUAUUAUUAUAUGGUAUAAGUGGAUUGUAAUAAAAUUGCACUUGAAUUAUGAGAAAAAAAAAA